CGCGAGUUGGAGGUGUUCCGGGUGGGGAUUAUAUUGGGUGGUGAGUCGCUUCUUCCGAUUCUCAAAAAUGAAAAUCAAACAAGAAGUUGAGAAGUAUAAAGGGUCCACAUAGUAAACAUCGUCACCCUCCCCUCAGGCGAAAAAUGGAUGCUAGAUGUCGGUUUCGGGGGCGACGGGGCCACAAAACCACUUCCCCUCAUCUCCGAACACGUAACCCAAAACCUAGGAACGCAAGAAAUCCGUCUCUUACAUAGCGCGAUCCCUCAACAGGUGGACUAGAGUCAGAAACUCUGGAUCUAUCAGUACCGCAAUGAGAAAGACAAGGAGUGGAACUCCUUCUAUGCAUUCCCUGAAGCCGAGUUUUUGCCUGCAGAUUUUGAAGUCAUGAGCUUUUUUACGAGUCAAAGUACGGGGGAGACGAAUUUUCAGACCAGGACUGUGUUGAUUGUUAGAUUUUUGUUGGGGAGGGUUGGGGAUGGGAAGGAAGAAGGAAUUGUAGGGAAGGUCAUGCUUGUCAAUGGGGAGGUGAAGAGAAAUGAUGGGGGGAAGACGAGAGUGGUUAUGACGUGCAAGAAUGAGGAGGAGAGGGUGAAUGCUCUUAGGAAGCACUUUGAAAUCGAAUUGACGGAGGAGGAGAUUAAUGGAAUUAAGGGGAGAAAUGUGGAAUUGUUGGGAGAAAAUUAGAGACCCCAGUGAAGAGUGCUAGAAGAUUUAGACUUGCUUUUUCGAUAGACUAGACUGCCUUGCAAUAUAAUUAAUAUUUCACCAG